AUGUCUACCCGGACCCUGUCUACCCCGGACCAUGUCUACCCGGACCAUGUCUACCCGGACCCUGUCUCCCCGGACCAUGUCUACCCGGACCCUGUCUACCCGGACCAUGUCGAUCCGGACCCUGUCUACGAGGACCCUGUCUACGAGGACCCUGUCUACCCGGACCCUGUCUACGAGGACCCUGUCUACUCGGACCCUCAGGACCCUGUCUACGAGGACCCUGUCUACCCGGACCCUGUCUACUCGGACCCGGUCUACGAGGACCCUGUCUACCCGGACCCUGUCUACCCGGACCCUGUCUACGAGGACCCUGUCUACUCGGACCCGGUCUACGAGGACCCUAUCUACCCGGACCCUGUCUACGAGGACCCUGUCUACGAGGACCCUGUCUACCCGGACCCUGUCUACGAGGACCCUGUCUACUCGGACCCGGUCUACGAGGACCCUGUCUACGAGGACCCUGUCUACGAGGACCCUGUCUACCCGGACCCUGUCUACCCAGACCCUGUUGACCCGAAGCAGAUUCUGACUAUGUUUGAGUGCAAAAGCUCAGAGAAAAUGACCACCUAA